AAGAGAGAAAUAACCAAUUUCAAUUUUCAAAAAAAUAAAUAAAAAAGAACUCUGCUUGAUUUUGAAGCUGUCUUUUUUACCGUCUUCUCCUUUCGUUGUCCCGCUUUUUAUUUUCUCUCUCUAAAAUCUUCGGAACACAAAAAUUAAAGAGAGAGAAAGAGGCUAGGGUUUUUCGUUUCACUGAACUUUUUUCCGACUAAAUUUCUAGGGUUAGGGUUUAUCGGAACCUUUCUCCGAUCAAUUCUCAUGGCGGCAGAGAAGCUAAGGGAUUUGAGUCAGCCUAUUGAUGUCCCUCUCCUUGACGCUACCGUCGCCGCUUUCUAUGGCACCGGAUCUAAGGAAGAGAGGGCUGCGGCAGACCAGAUAUUACGAGAAUUGCAGAACAAUCAGGAUAUGUGGCUCCAAGUAGUACACAUCCUUCAGACCAGUCAAAACUUAAAUACAAAAUUCUUCGCAUUGCAGGUUUUGGAAGGUGUAAUUAAAUACCGAUGGAAUGCAUUGCCCGUUGAACAGCGGGAUGGAAUGAAAAAUUAUAUAUCUGAUGUUAUUGUUCAGCUUUCAAGAGACGAGGCUUCUUUCAGGCAGGAAAGGUUAUAUGUCAACAAAUUAAACGUCAUAUUGGUUCAGAUUCUGAAGCAUGACUGGCCUGCUAGGUGGCAAAGCUUCAUUCCUGACCUUGUUAAUGCUGCUAAAAGCAGUGAAACGAUUUGUGAAAAUUGCAUGGUCAUAUUGAAACUGUUGAGUGAGGAGGUUUUUGAUUUUUCAAGAGGAGAAAUGACGCAACAAAAGAUUAAGGAACUUAAGCACUCGUUAAAUAGUGAGUUUCAACUUAUUCAUGAGUUAUGCCUGUAUGUGCUAUCCGCAUCCCAGAGGACUGAGUUGAUACGGGCUACUCUGUCUACACUUCAUGCGUUCCUUUCAUGGAUUCCGUUGGGAUAUAUUUUUGAAUCCCCUCUGCUGGAAACUCUUUUGAAAUUCUUUUCUGUUCCAGCAUAUCGAAAUCUUACCCUCCAGUGUUUGUCUGAGGUUGCAGCACUGACAUUUGGUGAAUUCUACAAUGCCCAAUAUGUGAAGAUGUACAACGUAUUCAUGGUUCAGUUACAGGCUAUUCUCCCGCAAACAACUAGUAUUCCUGAUGCUUAUGCAAAUGGAUCCUCUGAUGAGCAGGCUUUUAUUCAGAAUUUGGCUCUUUUUUUCACCGCAUUUUUCAAGGCUCAUAUCAGGGUUCUGGAAGCCUCUCAAGAGAGCAUAGCUUCCCUCUUGGUGGGUCUUGAGUAUCUUAUUAAUAUAUCGUAUGUUGAUGAUACAGAGGUUUUUAAGGUUUGCUUGGACUACUGGAAUUCCUUGGUUUUAGAGUUGUUUGAGGCACACCAUAAUGUCGAUAAUCCUGCGGCAGUUGCGAAUAUGAUGGGCCUGCAGAUACCAUUUAUUCCUGGAAUGGCCGAUGGUAUGGGCUCUCAGCUCCUACAAAGGCGGCAACUUUAUGCUGGCACUAUGUCGAAGUUGCGUUUGCUAAUGAUUUGCCGAAUGGCAAAGCCUGAAGAGGUUCUGAUAGUCGAAGACGAAAAUGGGAAUAUUGUUCGCGAGACUAUGAAGGAUAAUGAUGUUCUAGUACAAUAUAAGAUCAUGAGGGAAACACUCAUAUAUCUGACACAUCUUGACCAUGAUGAUACUGAGAAGCAGAUGCUUAAAAAAUUAAGCAAGCAGCUUAAUGGCGAAGACUGGUCAUGGAAUAAUUUAAAUACCUUGUGUUGGGCAAUCGGAUCGAUAUCUGGAUCAAUGAUGGAAGAGCAGGAGAACAGGUUUUUGGUGAUGGUUAUUCGUGACUUGCUGAAUUUAUGUGAAAUUACGAAAGGGAAAGACAACAAAGCUGUUAUUGCAAGUAAUAUCAUGUAUGUUGUCGGGCAGUACCCACGAUUUUUGAGGGCUCAUUGGAAAUUUUUGAAAACAGUUGUCAACAAGUUGUUUGAGUUCAUGCAUGAAACACAUCCAGGAGUUCAGGACAUGGCGUGUGAUACAUUCUUGAAAAUAGUUCAGAAGUGCAAACGUAAAUUUGUCAUUGUUCAGGUUGGGGAAAGUGAGCCUUUUGUAUCUGAACUUCUUACUGGUCUUCCAACAACAAUUACUGACCUUGAGUCUCAUCAAAUUCACAUGUUCUAUGAAGCUGUUGGUCAUAUGAUCAGUGCAGAAUCUGAUCCACAAAAAAGGGAUGAAUUUCUACGGCGCUUAAUGGAUCUCCCUAAUCAGAAAUGGGCAGAGAUCAUUGGACAGGCACGCCAAAGUGUAGAUGUGCUGAAGGACGCUGAUGUUAUUAGGGCAGUUCUCAACAUUUUGCAGACAAAUACAAGUGCUGCUACCUCUCUUGGUACUUGUUUCUUCCAACAGAUCUCGCUGAUCUUUUUGGAUAUGCUUAAUGUGUACAGAAUGUAUAGCGAACUUAUCUCAAGUACCAUUGCUGGUGGUGGCCCUUUUGCAUCCAAAACCUCCUUUGUGAAGCUUUUGAGGUCGGUGAAGCGAGAGACUCUUAAACUUAUUGAAACAUUCUUGGAUAAGGCUGAGGAUCAGCCACACAUUGGAACACAAUUUGUUCCACCGAUGAUGGAUCCCGUUCUCGGGGAUUAUGCAAGGAAUGUUCCUGAUGCUAGGGAGUCUGAAGUGUUGUCGCUUUUUGCUACUAUAAUAAACAAAUACAAGGCUGCGAUGAUAGAGGAUGUCCCUCGCAUUUUUGAAGCUGUUUUCCAAUGCACUUUGGAGAUGAUAACAAAGAAUUUUGAAGAUUACCCAGAGCAUCGACUAAAGUUCUUUUCAUUACUUCGGGCUAUUGCUACGCAUUGUUUCGCUGCAUUGAUUCGGCUGUCACCUCAGCAAUUGAAACUUGUUAUGGACUCGAUUAUCUGGGCCUUCCGUCAUACUGAAAGAAAUAUUGCUGAAACCGGGCUUAACCUCUUGCUAGAGAUGCUAAAGAACUUUCAGGUUUCUGAGUUCUGUAAUCAAUUCUACCGGACUUACUUUUUGACUAUCGAGCAAGAAAUAUUUGCUGUGCUGACGGACACCUUUCACAAACCUGGAUUUAAGCUGCACGUGUUGGUCUUGCAGCAUUUAUUCUGCCUGGUACAAUCUGGUGCUGUCACCGAACCUCUUUGGGACGCAGCGACAGUCCCUUAUCCAUACCCAAAUAAUGAGAUGUUUGUUCGUGAGUACACCAUAAAGCUGCUAAGUACUUCGUUCCCGAACAUGACCCCUGCCGAGGUUACUCAAUUUGUCAAUGGACUGUUUGAGUCAACAAGUGAGCUUCCCACAUUCAAGAAUCACAUACGGGACUUCUUGGUGCAAUCAAAGGAGUUUUCAGCUCAGGACAAUAAAGACCUUUAUGCAGAGGAGGCUGCUGCUCAAAGGGAGAGGGAACGUCAAAGAAUGCUUAACAUUCCUGGACUUAUUGCUCCUAAUGAGAUCCAAGAUGAAAUGGUAGAUUCUUAGUAAGGGUCACAAUUUGCUUCGUUGUUCCUAACUCAACUUCGGGGCUAUUUAGAUUAACCAAAGAUUUAUGAGAGGCUAUUUGGCGAGCGUGAUCCACCAUUUUCCCCGUGCUGUUCCUGAAAGUUUAUUUGUUUUUGGGUUGUGGAUGAUGACGGUGCCUCUACUGGUAGCCUUAGUUCAUUUUAGUGGAUGGCUAGUUCAUUAUAUCAUCAAUUGGCUGGUUGUAGAGUAUUUAGGUUUUUCGUAGGAACAUACAAAGCCGUUUCAAUGGGCUUUUCUAGAAUUCAGUUGAAUUAUAUUCAUCUGGGGGGGUUAAGAGGUGUGUUAUUUAGUUGGACUUUCUGGGCAUCAAUGUUUUGAUGUAUUUAUGAUAAGUUUGUAAGUACUCUGUUGGGUGGUUUGUGCAGAAAGUUUUCUUUUACUUUUGGGGUUUCUCUUUUAGGAAUGGGGGUUUAUAUUAUUAGACUAUCAAUGUAUUGAUAUUGACAAAGAGCAUUGUUCUUUGAUCUACACAUACAAAUUUUGUUCGACUUAAUCUGUCGUUAUAUAGCAACGUGAUUUAUAGCAUUAGUUUUUCGUUUUGCAA